GAACUGAAAUUAUUUUUACUUAAUAUUAUUUUUUUAAGGUGAAAAAAAAACAGGGUCUAAAUUCAACAACACCACCAACACUUUUCAAAAAAAAUAACAUAAGUAACAACCCGUGCAUACCUACAAUAGGUGGAUAACAAUUUCAAAAAAAAACCCGUGCAUCGAACGGGUUAAAAGACUAGUUAACUCUCAAAUAAGUAACCCGGCUACUCGGAGUAUUAUCAUUUCCCAAAAUAAAAAGUUUGUGACAUAAAACAUCAAAAGGGGAAAAAAGAAAAAAAAAAAAAAAAGGAAAAAAAGAAAAAAAAAAGAAAAAAGGUGAGGAAAUUAAACGGAGGGAGUUAAUUGAGUAGUACUCCGUAAUCCGUAUUCCAUACCCAAGUGUGUGCAGGCUACCUGGCUAUUUGUCUUCUCUCUCACUUUCUCAGUUUCCAUUCAACCGCAACUCCACGUUUUCUCCAUUCAUUUUUCUAAUUCUAUCCUCCAUUGAAGUUGCUUCUCAGAUCCUUGUAGCUGGGUAGAGAAAGCUUUUAUCAUUGACGCUCACUGUGUAGGACUAAAGCCCCUGUAUCUGCAUAUUGUUACUCAGCAUUCAGUUAUCAAGUUAUGGACGAUGGAAUUUCAAGCUUUUGGGGUCCUGUGACAUCUACCAUUGAGUGUUGUGAGGAGAACUAUGUUUAUUCAUCUUACAUUGCGGAGUUCUUCAAUACCCUUUCAAAUGUUCCUGGCAUCAUUUUGGCACUUAUAGGUCUUUUAAAUGCCCUGAGGCAACGGUUUGAGAAGAGGUUUAGUUUUCUUCACAUGUCCAACAUGGCACUGGCAUUUGGCAAUAUGCUGUAUCAUGCUACACUGCAACGUGUGCAUCAACAUAGUGAUGAAACACCAAUGGUGUGGGAGAUGCUGCUUUAUCUCUACAUACUCUACUCACCAGACUGGCACUAUAAGAGCACAAUGCCAACUUUCAUCUUUUUCUACGGUGCUGCAUUUGGUCUUCUUCAUCAUCUAGUUGGUUUUGAUAUCGGCUUUAAGUUUCACUAUAUGUUACUGUGUCUUCUCUGCAUCCCUCGGAUGUACAAGUAUUAUAUCCACACCAAUGAUGUCUGUGCUAAGUGGCUGGCAAAGUUGUACUUGGUGACACUACUGCUGGGUAGCCUUUGUUGGCUUGUGGAUCGUGAGUUCUGCAAGAAGUUUUCUAGCUGGGGUUAUAAUCCGCAGGGUCAUGCCUUCUGGCAUGUCUUCAUGGGUUUCAAUUCAUAUCUUGCAAAUACAUUUUUGAUGUUUUGUCGGGCGCAGCAAUUAGGAUGGAAUCCGAAAGUUGACCAUUUCAUGGGGUUUCUGCCUUAUGUGAAGAUUGACAAGCCGAAGACCCAGUAAUUCAGUGAAAGCAAGCUUUGGGAAGAAUAGAUUUAGAGUAGUUGUGUGGUUUUGGCUUCUUCGGAGUCGAUACAAUUUUUUUAAUGUAGGCAUUUUCCCAAAGAAUGUAAAUGAUAUUUUUUGAUUUUGAUUAUGAGUGAGAAUUGUUAAUGUAGAACCCUAGUGCAUGGUCACGUGUACCAUAUUUAAGUUGUUCCUCAGUAACCAGCAAUUUUGAAGUUGCUAACUUGUUUCUUUGUCUUC